AUGUUUUCUUGCCUACAAAUAAUUCAUAUUAUAUAUCAAGAUAUCAAAUCAGCUCGUUCAUUACUUAAUUAUAUCAUCUCUGAGGUGAAUCAAUUGACAAGUAUUGAAUGUAAAGCAGUACGUGCUAUACGUGUCAACUUUGUGAUUAUUCUAUGUUUACUCUACCUACUUAUUGAGUGUAAUCUUAGUAAUAGCCUUACAUUGACAGCAUUUACCCAUUUAUUAAUAUUUGACUUGUUAUCUGUGAUUGUUGGAUUAAUAAGUUUAUGGAGUUGUCGUAAAAAAUCAUCACUACAUACUUAUACAUUUGGAUAUGAAAGAUUUGAAGUGGUCGGUGUAUUUUCAUCAACUAUUCUAGCUAUACUAUUAUCAUUCUUUGAAAUUAAAGAAGCUGUGGAACGUAUAUUUGAACCAGUUGAAAUAUAUCCAAAUCAUAUGGUGACACCAUGUUUAAUUGGUUUUGGUGUUCACCUUUUAACAAUUUAUGGAAUUGACAAUAUCGCGUUUAGUCAUGUUAUUGAAGCGUGUGGAUCAAGUUGGCUACAGGAACAUACUACUGAUAUAAGUAGGACAAUUUGUCGAAUUAUCCCUGGACUAUCACGUGUUCUUCUACCACGUGUUAAUCCUAUCUCACUGAUUGGUGUAAGCGCUACAUCAACAGUUUGUAUUGUCUAUCUUAUAUUGAUCAAUAUGUCACAGAGUAGUAGUAGUACACAGUUGUCAACCAAUUUUCCAAAUCCAUUACCGGAUACUUUAGGCGGAAUAAUCAUCUCUUUAAUGCUAUUUGGAACAAUGAUGCCGAUGAUGUUGUACAGCGGUCGUAUUUUAUUACAAACCAUACCAAGUCAUUUAGUUAGUCCAUUGGAUAAAGCUAUUCAUGAAGCUUCUACAGUAGAUGGUGUACUUGAAUUACAAAAUGAGCAUAUUUGGUCAAUUGGUUAUAAAAAUUUAGCUGGUUGUCUAUAUGUACGUGUACGUCGUGAUGCUAAUGAACAAUUGGUACUAGCCCAUGUUACUAACAAAUUAUACAGUUUAGUAAAAUAUUUAACAAUACAAGUGUAUAAAGAUGAUUGGACACGUGCAACAAACUCAUUCAUUAUGAAUUGGUCACCAACAAUGAAUAAUAAUACACAAGGUAUAAAUAAUGAAAUUAUCAUAAAAUCUAACAUGACAGCUAAUAAUGGUGGGAAUAAAUCGAUGUCAGGUUUAUCAAUGAAUCCUUCUAUGCAUUAUAAUGUAGAAGGUCAUAAUCAUCAUCCGCUCCCGCUUAA